UAGCGCCGUCUGCCGGACAACACGAGGCACUGCCGUCCAUACGAGGCGAACAGACGCACACGUCUUCUGCUGUGCAGCGCGUCGGUGACGUCACGCGUUCGACUCGCCGUGCUUCGGCUCCCUUUCGGCAAUCUUCGGCCGCUCGCUGCUGCUGCCGAGCAUUCCCUCUCUUGGCGGGGUGGAUGCUGGGAGCAGCGCCGCACUCGGAGUGAGGAACAUCCGCGGUGAGGAGGAGGCGAGCUCCGUCGCUACUAAGGAUCCAUUCCUCGACUCUCUUUUUUUUUUUUUUUUUUUAAUCCUCCUUCUUUUUAAAAAAAAAAGAAAACCCCUUUUGUGUUCUUUUUGCUUGGUGCACGGAUCCACGUCUGCGGAGAUGUGUCGGAUCUAACCUCCAUCCUCCUCUCCAUCCUCCUCCUCCUCCUCCUGGAGGAAUAUUCGGACCAUCCACCAUGCAGAAGAUGGUCAAUCUGUCCGUGUCGUUUCUCAUCGUCCUGUGGGGGUGCGCGCACGGAGGCUCGCCCAGCGUGCAAAUCGGGGGUCUCUUCCCCAGGGGCGCGGACCAGGAGUACAGCGCCUUCAGGAUAGGCAUGGUCCAGUUCGGCACGGCCGAGUUCCGCCUGACGCCGCACAUCGACAACCUGGAGGUGGCCAACAGCUUCGCCGUCACCAAUUGCUUCUGCUCGCAGUUCUCCAGGGGAGUGUACGCCAUCUUCGGGUUCUACGACAAGAAGUCGGUCAACACCAUCACGUCGUUCUGCGGGACGCUGCACGUCUCCUUCAUAACGCCCAGCUUCCCUCUGGAUGGCAACCAGCAGUUCAUCAUCCAAAUGAGGCCUGACAUUAAGGGGCCGCUGCUCAGCCUCAUCGAGUACUACAAGUGGGACAAGUUUGCGUACCUGUACGACAGCGAUCGAGGCCUGACCACGCUGCAGGUGGUCCUGGACACGGCGGCGGAGAGGAAGUGGCAAGUGACGGCCAUCAACGUGGGCAACCUGAAGGACGAGCGCAAGGACGAGGCGUACCGCUCGCUCUUCCAGGACCUGGAGAACAAGAAGGAGCGCAGGGUGAUCCUGGACUGUGAGCAGGACAAGGUCAAAGACAUCAUGGACCAGGUCAUCACCAUUGGCAGACAUGUUAAGGGCUACCAUUACAUCAUAGCCAAUCUGGGUUUUGUUGAUGGUGACCUCUCCAAAAUCCAAUACGGAGGCGCCAACGUGUCGGGCUUCCAGAUUGUCGAUUUCGACGACCCUCUGGUUUCCAAGUUCGACCAGAGGUGGGAGGCUCUCGAGGAGAAGGAGUAUCCAGGAGCAGACAGUAAAAUAAGGUACACGUCGGCGCUGACCUACGACGCGGUGCAGGUGAUGACGGAGGCCUUCCGCUACCUGCACAAGCAGCGCAUCGACUUCACCCGCAGAGCCAACAAUGGCGACUGCCUGGCCAACCCCGCCGUUCCUUGGGCUCAGGGCGUGGAGAUCGAGCGAGCGCUGAAGCAGGUGCGUGUGGAGGGCCUGACGGGGAACAUCCAGUUCGACCAACACGGCAAGAGGGUCAACUACUCCGUCAACAUAAUGGAGCUGAAGAACAACGGCCCCGUUAAGAUUGGCUACUGGAACGAAGUUGACAAAAUGGCUGUCACCAAGUCCGACGUCUUAGGCAACGACUCGUCGGUGAUGGAAAACAAAACCGUUAUUGUGACAACCAUCUUGGAAGCGCCUUAUGUCAUGCUGAAAAAGAACUCUGACCUUCUUGUGGACAAUGACCGCUACGAGGGCUACUGCGUCGACCUGGCCGCAGAGAUCGCCAAACACUGCGGCUUCAAAUAUCAGCUGAAAAUCGUCAGCGACGGAAAGUACGGAGCCAGAGAUGCUGAGACCAAAAUCUGGAACGGGAUGGUUGGCGAGUUAGUGUAUGGGAAAGCAGACAUUGCAGUGGCUCCUCUGACCAUCACUCUUGUGCGAGAGGAGGUGAUCGACUUCUCCAAGCCCUUCAUGUCUCUGGGAAUCUCCAUCAUGAUCAAAAAGCCCCAGAAGUCCAAACCCGGCGUCUUCUCCUUCCUGGACCCGCUGGCCUACGAGAUCUGGAUGUGUAUUGUGUUCGCCUACAUCGGCGUCAGCGUGGUGCUAUUCCUGGUCAGCCGCUUCAGCCCGUACGAGUGGCACACCGAGGAGUACGAGGACGGGCAGAUCCAGACCAACGAGUCGACCAACGAGUUCGGAAUAUUCAACAGCCUGUGGUUCUCCUUGGGGGCCUUCAUGAGACAAGGCUGCGACAUCUCACCAAGGUCUUUGUCUGGUCGAAUUGUUGGCGGCGUGUGGUGGUUCUUCACGCUCAUCAUCAUCUCCUCCUACACGGCCAACCUGGCCGCGUUCCUCACUGUGGAGAGGAUGGUUUCUCCCAUUGAGAGCGCCGAGGACCUGGCCAAACAGACCGAGAUUGCCUACGGCACUCUAGACUCCGGCUCCACCAAAGAGUUCUUUAGGCGUUCUAAAAUUGCCCUGUUUGACAAAAUGUGGACGUACAUGCGGAGUGCAGAGCCCUCUGUGUUUGUGAAAACCACAGCCGAGGGGGUUCUGAGGGUCCGCAAGUCCAAGGGGAAGUACGCCUACCUGUUGGAGUCCACCAUGAACGAGUACAUUGAGCAGCGGAAGCCUUGCGACACCAUGAAGGUGGGAGGCAACCUGGACUCCAAAGGCUACGGGAUCGCCACGCCGAAAGGAUCCUCAUUAAGAAAUGCGGUUAACCUCGCAGUACUAAAACUGAAUGAGCAAGGCCUGUUGGACAAAUUGAAAAACAAAUGGUGGUACGACAAAGGAGAGUGCGGCAGCGGGGGAGGUGAUUCCAAGGAGAAGACGAGCGCCCUCAGCCUGAGCAACGUGGCUGGGGUCUUCUACAUUCUGGUCGGAGGACUCGGCUUGGCCAUGCUGGUGGCCUUGAUCGAGUUCUGUUACAAGUCCCGAGCCGAGGCCAAACGAAUGAAGGUGGCAAAGAAUGCACAGACUAUUAACCCAACUUCCUCGCAGAAUUCACAGAAUUUUGCCACUUAUAAGGAAGGGUACAACAUGACCUUCGGGGACGCCAUGAGGAACAAAGCGAGACUUUCCGUCACCGGGAGCACCGGGGAGAACGGUCGGGUGAUGACUCCGGAGUUUCCUAAAGCUGUCCACGCCGUCCCAUACGUGAGACCCGACAUGGGACUCAACGUCAGCCUGACAGAUCUGUCCUGAUCCCUGACAGACUUCUGAGUGCCUUACCAUGGUUUCAAAAAGAGCGCUUCUGGUCUCCUCUUUUUCCGCUUUUUGGCUCGCUGGUUCCUUCCUCCGUCGCUCGCUUCUGUCACGGAACUUUUUUUUUUUGUUAACCCCGAGGGGACACAGGAGUGAUGUCCAUCGCAAAGUUCUAGCCUCCAUGCGUCAUUCUUCAUAUUUUUACAACACCAAGAAGAAAAUGGCUCUCUCGGUGAUCCUAGGAUAUCACUUAUUGUGUGUGUGUGUGUGAGUGCGUGUUACCGUCUUUGUGGGGACUUGACUGACUAGUCAGAACUCAUCCGAAACGUGUGUGUGUAAGUCUCUUUUUCUGUCUUUGUGGGGACUUGAUUGACUGGUCAGAACUCAUUUCAACCCUGUGUGUGAGUCUGUUUUCCUGUCUUUGUGGGGACUUGACUGACUAGUGUUGCGUUUUGGACCAGUUGUUCCUCCCAGGGAAUUCAAGUCACAAGUCGCUCCCAAGCUUUUUACGACACUUAAAGCUGAGUUGAAAAACCACCAGAGACAGAAUAGGUAUUUUGUUGUAUAUUUUCAAAGCUUUGCAGAUAUAUACAUUUGAGACCAGUCCAGCAUAGAACAUUCUAUCGCCCCCGCCAAAAUGGUCUGUCUUCCCGACCCCAAAACCCUCUCUCCUCUCUCUAGUCAAAACACAUGCUAGUCAAAACACAUUCCAAAGAAUUCAAGGUUAACACACACAGUUUACUUGCAGAGAAACAGAAAGAGAAUAAAUGGAAAACACAAGCUGUUUUCAAAUAUGACUAUGAAAGAAAAUAAGUAAGACUAAAAUUCGGAUAUAUGUAAAUAUCUGCCUCCGACACUAGUCAGAACUCAUUCCAUCCGUGUGUGUGUGAGUCUGUUUUUCUGUCUGUGUGGAAACUUGACUGACUAGUCAGAACUCAUUCGAACCGUGUGUGUGUGAGUCUCUUUUUCUGUCUUUGUGGGGACUUGAUUGACUGGUCAGAACUCAUUUCAACCGUGUGUGUGUGAGUCUGUUUUUCUGUCUUUGUGGGGACUUGACUGACUAGUGUUGCGUUUUGGACCAGUUGUUCCUCCCAGGGAAUUCAAGUCACAAGUCGCUCCCAAGCUUUUUACGACACUUAAAGCUGAGUUGAAAAACCACCAGAGACAGAAUAGGUAUUUUGUUGUAUAUUUUCAAAGCUUUGCAGAUAUACAUUUGAGACCAGUCCAGCAUAGAACAUUCUAUCGCCCCCACCAAAAUGGUCUGUCUUCCCGACCCCAAAACCCUCUCUCCUCUCUCUAGUCAAAACACAUGCUAGUCAAAACACAUUCCAAAGAAUUCAAGGUUAACACACACAGUUUACUUGCAGAGAAACAGAAAGAGAAUAAAUGGAAAACACAAGCUGUUUUCAAAUAUGACUAUGAAAGAAAAUAAGUAACACUAGAAUUCGGAUAUAUGUAAAUACCAGCCUCCGACACUAGUCAGAACUCAUUCCAUCCGUGUGUGUGUGAGUCUGUUUUUCUGUCUGUGUGGAAACUUGACUGACUAGUCAGAACUCAUCCGAAACGUGUGUGUGUAAGUCUCUUUUUCUGUCUUUGUGGGGACUUGAUUGACUGGUCAGAACUCAUUUCAACCGUGUGUGUGUGAGUCUGUUUUCCUGUCUUUGUGGGGACUUGACUGACUAGUGUUGCGUUUUGGAUUAGUUGUUCCUCCCAGGGAAUUCAAGUCACAAGUCGCUCCCAAGCUUUUUACGACACUUAAAGCUGAGUUGCAAAACCACCAGAGACAGAAUAGGUAUUUUGUUGUAUAUUUUCAAAGCUUUGCAGAUAUAUACAUUUGAGACCAGUCCAGCAUAGAACAUUCUAUCGCCCCCGCCAAAAUGGUCUGUCUUCCCGACCCCAAAACCCUCUCUCCUCUCUCUAGUCAAAACACAUGCUAGUCAAAACACAUUCCAAAGAAUUCAAGGUUAACACACACAGUUUACUUGCAGAGAAACAGAAAGAGAAUAAAUGGAAAACACAAGCUGUUUUCAAAUAUGACUAUGAAAGAAAAUAAGUAACACUAAAAUUCGGAUACAUGUAAAUAUCUGCCUCCGACACUAGUCAGAACUCAUUCCAUCCGUGUGUGUGUGAGUCUGUUUUUCUGUCUGUGUGGAAACUUGACUGACUAGUCAGAACUCGUUCGAACCGUGUGUGUGUGAGUCUGUUUUUCUGUCUGUGUGGGGACUUGACUGACUAGUCAGAACUCAUUCGAACCGUGUGUGUGUGCAGGGCCGGCCAGUGGCAUAGGCCGUAUAGGCAAAUGCUAAGGGCGCCAUCCAUCAGGGGGCGCCACGCCAGUGCCACAAAUGUUGGAGAAAAAAAAAAAAGUCGGUACUAUUAUUUCUAAAUACAAAAAAUAAUCCCUCGUUAAUUAAAAUGCAAAGUAAAGCCUAUAUAAUAGAAAUAUUAUUUGUUACAACAUUACGCCCCCCCCCCCCCCGCACGGUGCGCCCCCUCCCUUCCCGUAUCAUGACUCUUUUUGGACGUCACCACAUCAAAAAAUCAACACAAGAUGUCAAAACGGCCAAAACUGUCAGGUGCCCAGGGAAGAAAAAAAGAGAAAAGAAGAGGAAGAGAAACGAGAAAAAGACAGAGGUAGCAGGUAGGUAACGUUAGCCUACAUGAAAUUAUUUGUCUGUUACAGAAUGUGAUAGUAACCUGGCUUUUUAGCAUUAAGCUAAUGUUACAUGAUUCGGCAAUUGCUAAUCAAUAAAUCGCUAGUUCUGUUUUAACGUCGGGUUAAUAUUGUGGAGGGGGCUAAAUUGUCAUGGAAAAUAAUAAUGUAACGUUAGGUAAUUACAGUACUCCCACCUUACAUUCCUCAGGGACAUUUGUAUUAGAUCUUUUAAGCAGGUGUUUUUUGUUUACAUUGUUAUUGCCUUCUGGUUAGCUAAUGUUUGCCCUGCAGGUAAUAGUCACUUUUCCACCCCUUUAUAUAUUAGGUAUAGUUGUAAGCCUAGUUGUUAAAGUGCACAUCAUUAAUGUUAAUUAAGCAAUAUGUAUGUAAAAAAUAUUGUAUUUCAUAUAUUCAUUUUUUUAUUUUUUGCAUUCAUUUAUUUAUUCAUAGUUUUUUUUAUCUUGUUAACUAUUCUGAUUGUUAAUUUGCUUUCUUUAAGUAAAAAAAAGGUCAAAGACAAAGCUAUUCGGUUUCUUGUGAGUAUAUACACUUCACUGCCGAUGUGGGGGGGGCGCCACCUAAAAUCUUGCCUAGGGUGCCAGAUUGGUUAGGGCCGGGCCUGUGUGUGUGAGUCUGUUUUUCUGUCUGUGUGGGGACUUGACUGACUAGUCAGAACUCAUUCCUACCGUGUGUGUGAGUCUCUAUUUCUGUCUUUGUGGGGACUUGACCGACAAGUCAGAACUCAUUUCAACCGUGUGUGUGUGAGUCUAUUUUUCUGUCUUUGUGGGGACUUGACUGACUAGUCAGAACUCAUUCGAACCAUGUGUGUGAGUCUGUUUUUCUGUCUGAUUGAUUGAUUGAUUGAUUGAAAGUUUUAUUAGUAGAUUGCACAGUUCAGUACAUAUUCCGUACAAUUGACUAAAUGGUAACACCCGAAUAAGUUUUUCAACUUGUUUAAGGUCGGGGUCCACGUAAAUCAAUUCAUGGUAAGUCUGAGUCUGUGUGAGGACUUGACUGACAAGUCAGAACUCAUUCCAACCGUGUGUGUGUGAGUCUGUUUUUCUGUCUUUGUGGGGACUUCACUGACAAGUCAGAACUUAUUCGAACCGUGUGUGUGAGUCUGUUUUUCUGUCUGUGUGGGGACUUGACUGACAAGUCAGAACUUAUUCGAACCGUGUGUGUGAGUCUCUUUUUCUGUCUUUGUGGGGACUUGACUGACAAGUCAGAACUCAUUUGAACCGUGUGUGUGUGAGUCUGUUUUUCUGUCUUUGUGGGGACUUGACUGACAAGUCAGAACUUAUUCGAACCGUGUGUGUGAGUCUGUUUUUCUGUCUUUGUGGGGACUUGACUGUCAAGUCAGAACUCAUUUGAACUGUGUGUGUGUGAGUCUGUUUUUCUGUCUGUGUGGGGACUUGACUGACAAGUCAGAACUCAUUUGAACCGUGUGUGUGUGAGUCUGUUUUUCUGUCUUUGUGGGGACUUGACUGACAAGUCAGAACUUAUUCGAACCGUGUGUGUGUGAGUCUGUUUUUCUGUCUGUGUGGGGACUUGACUGACAAGUCAGAACUCAUUCCAACCGUGUGUGUGAGUCUGUUUUUCUGUCUUUGUGGGGACUUGACUGACAAGUCAGAACUUAUUCGAACCGUGUGUGUGAGUCUGUUUUUCUGUCUUUGUGGGGACUUGACUGACAAGUCAGAACUCAUUCCAACCGUGUGUGUGAGUCUGUUUUUCUGUCUUUGUGGGGACUUGACUGACAAGUCAGAACUCAUUUGAACGGUGUGUGUGUGAGUCUGUUUUUCUGUCUGUGUGGGGACUUGACUGACAAGUCAGAACUCAUUUGAACCGUGUGUGUGUGAGUCUGUUUUUCUGUCUUUGUGGGGACUUGACUGACAAGUCAGAACUCAUUUCAACCGUGUGUGUGUGAGUCUGUUUUUCUAUCUUUGUGGGGACUUGAUUGACUAGUCAGAACUCAUUCGAACCGUGUGUGUGUGAGUCUGUUUUUCUGUCUUUGUGGGGACUUAACUGACAAGUCAGAACUCAUUCGAACCGUGUGUGUGAGUCUGUUUUUCUGUCUUUGUGGGGACUUGACUGACAAGUCAGAACUCAUUUGAAGCGUGUGUGUGUGAGUCUGUUUUUCUGUCUGUGUGGGGACUUGACUGACAAGUCAGAACUUAUUCGAACCGUGUGUGUGUGAGUCUGUUUUUCUGUCUUUGUGGGGACUUGACUGACAAGUCAGAACUCAUUUGAAGCGUGUGUGUGUGUGAGUCUGUUUUUCUGUCUGUGUGGGGACUUGACUGACAAUUGUGUGUGUGCGUGAGGGUGUGUGUGUGUGUGUGUGUGUGUGUGUAUGCGUGUGUGUGUGUUCCGCCACCUCCCAAACAGGAAGCACAUCCGCAUUAAAAUGUGAAAUAGUCCCUUUUUUUUUUUUUUUUUUUUUUUUUUAAAGAAAAUCAAAGAAAAUGCUUAUUCAAAAAAAAAAACUAUUUUUAUGUAUUUUCACAAAAGAGCUUUUAAAAAGAAACUUCCAUGACCGUUGCUGGAAAGAAGAGCUUUUACGGUGUCAUAUUUCCCCACCGAUUUUUUUUUUCUUUUUCCUGUAUAUUUUAUUCGUGUGUCGAUCUUUGCUCGACAUUCGGAUUCGGCCCCAUUCGUCGCGGUUUACCUGGCACGUGAAACGUGACAAAUCAAUGGGGGGGGUGCACUAUCCACUUUAGCCGCCAGAUGGCAGUAGAGUGUUGGAUAUCUCAAAACGUGCUUUGUGGCAGUUCCAACUUUGACCAGAGAGGCGCUUUCCAUCAUUUUCAGUGGACCGCAUUGCAAAAUCACACGAGACCCACCCAGGAACGGAGCCAUAAGAAUCCCUUCCUUACCGUAGGUUUUCUCGAGUUGGCGAAUUGUUUCUCCUUGUUGAAAAAUCUCCUUUUUGCUGUUUGUGUUGUUUUUUCUGCAGAAGACCAGGGUCGUUUGUUGUGCUUUCGAUGAAGUGAACCUGUUUACACACCAUGAAUGCAAAACAACGUAACAAGAAAAAAAAACAAAAACAAGGAAAGGUCGCCGUGGUAACCAAAGGCCAAAUAAGUGAAGGGUGCCAAACAAGUUCUCGUGCCAGUCGGAGUCUUAAAAGUCAAUCACUGUCCUUUCAGUGAAUGUAAAUCACUUUUUGUAAGCUAAUGUACAGUCGGUGGCUAUGACACUCGCUCACGUUAUCAUUUUUUGGCUUCGAUUGUGUUCCGUUUAGGUUUGUUUUUCUUAUUGCAUCCAACCUGACAAAAUGACGCGGCGCCAGUUUGCAUGUGGCGCCGCCGAUACGACGUUUCUCUCCAUUACUGCCGGAAAAACAUCGCGUUUACAUUUUAAUGUAGAAGUCGUGCGGUGUAUUUGAAUUUGGGAAAGAAAAAAAAAGAACUACAAAAAAUAAUGUUAGACAUCUAUAUAAAUAAAUAUAUAUAUACAGGAUAUAUACAUAUAUUUUCUAUAAAAAGGUGAAGUAAAAAUGUACAAAAAAAAAAUAAAAUGUAUAGCCCCCUUCCAUGAUGGUGUCAAGGCUACUUUCAUGAAUUGAAAUGUUAGUUUUCCUUUCUUUUGGAUGACACGACGACAGACAAGCACUUCUAGUCCUCUUUUAUGACCUGUAAAGAGCGCCCCCUGUAUGUCGGGACCGGGGGGGGGGGUAAGAAUCUGUAUUAUUACUAUGGCUGUUGUUCUUUUGUAUUCCGACUAUAGAUACAUAUACUGUAGUUGCUUCUAAGUUUCAUGGCGUACUUCAGGCUAUUCUCACUGACAUUUUGUAUAUGGAAUGUGUGCUAACUUGUUUAUUUUUGGGACUCUUUCUAAAUAAAAAAUGGCUGAUCUCUUGUUAGCGCUCA